AUGCCGAAUAUGAUUGAAAAUACCGAAAAGAGAGAAGGAGAAAAUGGUGAAAUACAGGAUAAUAACAUUAGUAAUAAGAGUAUCAACAGAUGUGAGAUGAUAUUGUCAAUGGAAGAUACUAUUUCCACCGAAGAUAAUUAUAUACUUGGUAUCUGUGGCACUCAGAGCGAACCAGAAUUCCGUAUUUGCGCCGCAUUAUCUGAUUACUCAUGCGUUGUUUACAAUGUCGGUGAACAGUUAUCAAAAAUUUUAAAAUUAGAUCACAACACGUCACCAAUUGUCGGCGUUAAAUUCUGUAAUGGUUCAAAAAAUAUUUUGUAUACUGCUACCAAGCAUGGAAGUAUUACUGCAUGUGAUUUGAGAGCUAAGGGCAAACCUGUUGCCGAGUUAAAAGAUAAUUCGUCCGAAGGAAAAUUGAAACCACUAGCCAGUUUUGAUAUCAGCUGUGACGACAGGCUCGUCGCUGCUGGUACUGAGCACAUCGGUGGAGAUGCAUUCAUUCUAUUCUGGGACAUCAGGUUUAAUAAUUCCAAGUUUGACAGCAAGAAUAAUUUACUUGGCGGGUACUGGGAAUCUCACAUGGAUGAUGUCACAUCUUUAGCUUUUCACUGUGAAAAAGAAAAUGUCCUUGCUUCGGGAAGUACCGAUGGACUUAUAAAUAUUUUUGAUUUAACACAAACCACUGAAGACUCUGCACUUAACUAUUCUCUCAAUACUGAAUCGUCAGUGGAUAGAGUAGGGUGGCUAGAAGAUGGUAAUAUUUGGUGUACCACACAUACUCAUUCAUUCCAGAUGUGGAAAUGUGAGGAUGCAUCACCUUUUAUUAAAUAUAACCGCAGUUGUAUUGCCAAUUUUUUGAAUGAAGAUCCAGAUAGUUGUUACCUUGUUAAGAUGAACAAAUCUGAGUCAAUAGAUCAUUCAUUUUUACUAACUGGUUCGAGUUCAGUGAAAGGCGAAAAUUUAUCUGGAGUGAUUGUCAAUAGUGAUGGGAUGGAAAUAUGUUAUGAUUUUAUAGGAAACAAACAAAUUGUACGAGACAGUUGGCUUCAUUCAAAGAGUGGAUGUAUGAUAACUGGAGGAGAGAGCAGUAUUUUAAACUUGUGGAAGCAAAGUCCUGAGUCACUGUCAAUUCCAAGGCAUUCAGAACGUAAAUCCAUUGCCAAAUCCAAUGGAAAAGCUCGUGAUAAGCAUAGGACAAAACCGUACUAA